AUGUCACCAAGAUUACGUGAUACUUGUUAUUCUAGUAAAAACCAACAAGAUGCUAAUAAGUUAUUAUCAAAAACUAUAGAAGAAGCAAAUAAUGUUAACGAUAACAGCAUUGCUGUUCCUCCUAUCAAAAAAAGGAUACUAAGACGAAAACCUAAAAUUGAUUACGUUGCAUUGAAUGAUGGUGAAGGUAAAAGGGCUUUAGAUAAACACCCAUUCAUGGAUAAAUUUAUAGAGACCUUUAAUAACACUAUGGUACUGAAUGAAGAUGAUAAUAAAAAAUAUUUUUUAACCAAUAAACAAUUUACAGACAGAUACUAUGAAAUUGAUUAUCCUGUUAAAAUUUUAGAUUAUAAGAAUAGUGGGAUGUCUAUUGAAAUCAUAGAUAAUGGUUCUAAAAGCAAGCAAGUUACAUUUGAUACAAUCUGCGAAGCAUUGGGAUUAGAAAACAACAUACCAGUCAUGGAUGUGUUGACCCAAGAAAAUGAAACUUGGAAGAUAAAAGACUGGGUUAAUUAUUACCAUGAUGGCAUAUCAUCCAUUUCUAAUAGAAACACAAGGUUGAAAAAUGUAAUAUCUUUAGAAAUCAGUGAUGUUCCUACCAUUAAGGUUACUAGACCAAAAAUCGUGGAAAACAAAGAUCUAGUAGAUGUAAUAUGGAAUAAUACAGAUAAAAAGCCUAAGAUCAAAAAAUAUUUUUUGGCAGGCGUAGAGAACUCUUUUACUGAUUAUCACUUAGACUUUGCGGGGACAAACGUGUACUACCACAUUAUAGGAGGUGAGAAAUGGUUUUCUUUAUACCCAAUGACACCAGAAAAUGUGGAAAAAUAUGUUGAGUGGAAUAAUUCCUCUUUGCAACAAAAUGAAAAUUUUUUGGGUGAUUUGUUAGUCGAUGGGAAAAGUUUUAAACUGAGUGGCGGGGACUUGUUCAUGAUUCCUAGUGGUUAUAUACACGCUGUUUUUACACCCAAGCCCACCUAUGUUAUUGGUGGUAAUUUUUUAACAUUGAGAGAUUUAGACAAACAUUUGGCUGUAGUUGAUAUUGAAAAUGAAUUAAAAAUACCAAGGAAGUACAGAUUUCCCGAUUUUAACAAAGUGAUGUGGCUGACAUGUGAAUAUUUGCUAUCAGAAAAUAGUGUAUCCAAUGGAGUUACCAAUAAGGAAACAUUAGGGAAGUUGUACAGAUAUUUAUUACAGGUGGAGAAGGAGACUAUUAAGACAUUUCCAAUGAGAAAAAAAAGGGAAUUGUUAAAGCAAUUAAAGGAAAGAAUAUAA